CACUUCCCGCUUUCAAGCCCUAACAUCCAGAGCAAUUACUUCUUUUUUUGAAGAGAUCCAGAGCAAUUACAAGCAAAUAUCUUCUUUACACAACAGUGCUUUCUUCACGUUCUGCCGCUUGAACUCAAGUAUUAAAGCGAACUAAGAACUUCCAACUUCAACUUCCACAUGGGAAACUGCACCUCUAGCUGCUUCAUUCAGGAUUCAGGCCGUAAGAAUAUAGCAAAGGUAAUUGAUUCUCGAGGGAACUUGAGGAAAGUCAAGCUCCCAGCAAAGGCAGCGGAGCUCAUGCUCGAGGAACCUGGUCACAUCAUCUCUUCCGUGGAAGAGCUCAAACAAACUCGCCGUGUGGCUGCUAUGCGAGCCGACUAUGAACUUUUGGCUGGUAAAGUUUACGUUUUGGUUCCUAUAGGGAGAGUUCAUUGCAAAGUUACGGAUGCGGAUAUGGCAAUUAUAGAAGCGGUUUGUAAUGGAAAGAGAAGUAGAAAAAGUGGUGCUAAGGUUUCGCCAACUGUGACGGAGGGGUUGAGAGAGGAGGAAGAGAGUGAUGUUAAGGUUUUGGGAAAGAAGUGUAUGAAGGGGAUUCCCGGCUACCGAUUGGGGAAUCACAGGCCGUGGACUCCUGUAUUGGAACCAAUUUCUGAAGUGCUCUGAGGAGAAGUCUUUCUCUUUUCUUUUUCUUGGGAUUGGCUUCCAUCAGGGUGGGGAUUUCCCAAAUUGAAAUUGGGAGAUCUACAACUAGAAGUAGGAAGGCUAGUACACUUGAACAUAUGAUCUGUGGUAAAAAAAAACUAGAAAUGUAACAUCAAUUCUUUCGUUCUUUCAUGCAAGUAGAGAUCAAUGAGUGUAUAUUUCCUAGUUAUAAACAUGGGUAGCGACCUCAAAUUAGAGUAACGACUGCUCAAACAGUUUCCCCUAAUAAAGUAAAUCUAGAAGCGUAGAACUGUUGUUCAA